AUGUCAGAAACGAGGUCACCUCUACCUUUGCUAUUCAGAAGGCAUUCCAGUGGCGAAAUCAAGAACUUGACCUCAGUUUCCAGCAGUCUUUUACCAGCUUUUGGAACCAUCGUGGAUGAAGGGCACUCGCAGCUCAAGAAAUAUGUAAUUGCUCCCUACGAUCGCAGAUACAGGUUGUGGCAAACAUUUCUGGUGGUGCUAGUGGUUUACUCAGCAUGGGCAUCGCCUUUCGAGUUAGCCUUUGGAAAGGUCGCAACCGGAUCACUCCAGCCUGUUGAUUUAGUAGUAGAUGCCUUUUUUGUCGUUGAUAUAAUCUUAACUUUCUUCGUUGCUUACUUGGAUAAGUCAACAUAUCUCCUCGUCGAUGAUCGCAAGAAGAUUGCUUUAAGGUACGUCAAAAAAUUAUGGUUACCCAUGGACGUAGCCUCAACCCUGCCAUUUCAGUUUCUAUACAGAAUCUUCACUGGCAAGGUGAACCGAGGUGACGUAUUUGGCUUCCUCAACCUGCUUCGCCUAUGGCGACUCAGGCGUGUCAGUGAACUCUUCACAAGGCUAGAGAAAGACACACGCUUCAGCUACUAUUGGACAAGAUACUGCAAGCUGAUAGCCGUUACACUAUUUGCAGUGCAUUCAGCAGGCUGCUUCUAUUACUGGCUUGCCUCCAGUCAUGGACAGCCAGAGAAUACAUGGAUUGGAUCACUGGUCCACGAUUUCAAGCACAGGAGCAUCUGGUUAGGCUACACCUAUUCCAUGUACUGGUCGAUUGUCACCCUCACCACCGUUGGCUAUGGAGACCUGCAUGCAGUGAAUACAGGGGAGAAGAUUUUCAAUAUGUUAUACAUGCUAUUCAACAUUAGCCUCACUGCUUAUCUUAUUGGAAAUAUGACAAAUCUCAUUGUCCACGGCACUGCCCGAACAUUUGCCAUGAGAGAGGCCAUCAAUCAGAUAUUAAACUAUGGAAGCAAAAAUAGACUCCCAGAAGGCCUGAGAGAACAAAUGCUGGCACACAUGCAACUCAAAUUCAAGACAGCAGAGCUAAAGCAGGAAGCAGUGCUGGAGAACCUGCCCAAGGCAAUAAGAUCAAGUGUUGCCCAGCACCUUUUCCGCAGAACUGCUGAAAACACCUACCUAUUCAAAGGAGUCUCAGAAGACUUCAUUGCUCAAUUGGUGACAGAGAUGAAAGCAGAAUAUUUUCCACCUAAGGUGGAAAUUAUCUUACAAAAUGAAAUAGCAACAGAUUUCUACAUCUUAGCAUCAGGAGCAGUGGACAUACUGACAUACAAGAAUGGAACAGAGCAGUUUUUGUCAAAGCUCGGAUCUGCAGACAUGGCUGGGGAAAUUGGGGUGAUUUUCAAUAUCCCCCAACCUUUUACAGUGAGAACCAGGAGGCUGUCCCAGGUCAUUAGACUCAGUCAUCAUGAUUUCAAGCAAAUGCUGCAACCAUAUAGUGAAGAUGGAAAGACAAUUAUCUCCAACUUCAUUCAGUACUUGAAGGGCUUAAAACAAGAGAUGCUAGAGGAAAUACCCUAUGUAACAGAAUUGCUAGGUGGCCUGACCACAGAGCAUACAGCGCCAAAUGAGGGCACGCACGAUCACGAUCAUGAAGCCUCAAGUUAUCAUGGGGAUCCAAAUGUAGAAGGAACAGAAGAAACUUCUAAAUCAAUAACAAGCACAUUUUCCAUAAGGGUGAUAGUCCAUGGGCAUCAUCCGAAUGAAAAUGCAAAGGAAGAUGACAUGAUGGGAAAGCUUAUAAAUCUGCCUGACUCAAUAGAAGGCCUUUUCAGAUUAGCAGAGAAAAAGUUUGGCAAAAGAGGAAGCAAAGUUCUCAUGGCUGAUGGCUCAGAAGUGGAGGAGUUGAGGGCUUUAAGAGAGAAUGACCACUUGUUUAUUUUUUGAACACUAACAUAAUAUUUGAUCAAAUGCCACCUUAGUAAUCCAUUGCCAUGGGCAAGUGAUGAUUUCAACCAUCUUCCAAGUAUUUCAGAAGCA